AUGGUGCAGCUCAAUGCGUCGUUCAUCGACGGAGAGCAAUGUAAUGGUGGUUCGCGAGCUCGAAGACAAAUGCGAUCGCAUCAAGGCGGUGCGGAUGUGGUGCUGUUUGCGGAAAUCCCGGUCGAACAUCGGCCAAGGGUGUUGAUUCAACUGAGCCACCCUGUGUAUACGCCGGGAGAUUACGUUAAGUACCGCAUUCUACUGACGGACGGGCUGACCAGGCCGCUAGAUAAGACAACCGGGUCACUGCCGGUCACGAUAGCACUGCGGCACACCACCCAAUAUACGGUAGGCUCGUGGGUCGUUCAGCUCGAUCCCAGCGAGAUCUACAGCGGCCAGUAUCUGCUGACGGAUGAUCGUGACCUGGGAGACUGGAACCUCACCGCCACCGUCGACGGUCAGACGACGACGAAACCGUUCGAGGUUAUGCACUACUCAGCGCCGGUGCACCAGAUAUCGGUUGAGGUCGACCGGAUGGACACGUACACGAAAAAGCUGAUACUAAACAUCAAUGCCAUCUACAUUUUCGGCAAGCCAAUGCAGGGCACGAUGACGGUGACCAUCUCCGGAGGUGAUGUUCCGUUCAAUCCAAUCCAAAAAUCAAUCUCUGCGCAAGGCAGUGUCAUACUGUCCAUUGAGAUGGGGCAAAUCUUCGAUUUGCAAGAAGACGAGUUCCCAGCACCGCCUGAUGUGCGUGUGAUCUCCGUCAUCGUGACGGUGGAAACCUCGAACGGUCGCACGUAUCACUACACCAAACCGAUCACCGUUCAUCCGGACAAUCACAGGCUAACGUUACACCGAAUGGUAGGGUUCGAUCCGGAACGAAACGCCACCCUGCUGGUAAAGUUAACCCCGCUCAGUAAAAACACGAUCCUAGUCGGUCGCGAAGUAACCGUUGCCGCGCAACUGUGGGAUGAGGAUGAAAAUAUGAUUCUACGCGAAGACACCUUCACCAAAGCGGUAGAGAGAGAUGGCACGGCGGUACUGUCGGUGCCUACCACCGACUCCACCACAUCCGUAAUCUUUACCGUUCAGUACAAGGAUCUGAAAAGUUCGUUCACAUUAGAAUCCACCUACAAUCCGGAGCUAUACGCACGUAUCAUACCGGCGGAGGUCAAAGGCAGCUUGACGCUCGGUAUUGCGUCCUCCCAUCGAUUGGAAGGAUACGUGGUGGUUGUGCGGAAUCAUUCUGGCGACGUGCAGGACGAACUUGUAAUACACGAGUCGGACAACCAAGAAUCCUACUUCGAGUAUAACCUCAGCUCGGCAGGGGAUUUGAAAACCGUACACCUAUUCGCCAAGGUAAAGGACAGUGACAGGCUAGUGCAAACGUCAGUCUCCCACGAGGAACCACGGCUCCCUUACAAGCCCGACGAGUUCUUUGCCGAGUACGCAGAUCAGAUGUUCAUUACACCUUCUUCUAAACUUGAUCCCAGCGUAGCUAGCAAUCAACUGUCGGAGCAGCCGAGCACGAAAUUUAAUCAACUUCUAUUAUGGCAACACAACGUUAGUGUGGAUGCCAAAGUUGAGUUCAAAAUACCGUCCCACGUGAGCCAACUCACGGUGACGGCGUUUACGUUUAGCAACGCUACCGGACUUGACGUGGCCGUUCCGAUGCACUGGAUGCGCAAUGGCGUGGUUGAAAUCCAUCUUCACGCACCGUACUCGGCGAGAAAGCGAGAACCGGUGACGGUGGACGUGUACGUAGUGAACAAUCGCAACCGACGCAUUAACUUCUUGCUGGUGGAACUGCAGAAUAAGGCUAAUGAAUUUGAAUUUCUGAACAACUCCGGUCGAAUCGAUGCGGUGAAGAAAACGGUGUUUGGCAGCGUGGAAGCGAACCAGGUGCAACGAGUAGAAUUUCUUAUCAAACCCAAAAAGCUGGGACCGAUCGUACUGAGCGCGAUCGCGUACACAUUGGACGAUGUGUUUGCCAGGGCCGAAACCGUCCUCCGCACGGUACCCGAAAGUGAACUGAAAACGGAAACUAUUAUGCGUCCAUUCAGCAUCCAGGAUUCAGCAAUGCAGGUGUCCGAAAAGAUUUUCAUUCCACCAAUGGCCGACCGGGGCACGGAGAAAAUUACUCUGGAGCUGCGCCAUGAGCAGAAUCAAAUGGCGACCCUACCGGCGAGCCUCCUGCUAGACCCGCUCGUCCUUGCCGACCCAUUCACGAUGGCGGUGAAAGCAUCGCUCACGCUGGAUGUGUUGCGUAUGGCAGAGAUCAAUUGGCCAGAGCUGGACGCCGAGUCGAAUGCCAUGAUUACGAAGUCGCUCAACAAAAUGAAGAGUCUUGUGAAACCGGAUGGAUCAUUCGAAAUCGAGGGUUACCGUUCGGGCCCUUCCGCAGCCUGCUGGGGUACGGUCGUGGCAGCGCAAGCACUUGCUUUUGCCCAGCCCUACUCCAGGGAUACCGGCGAUGGAAGUGGAAAAAUGAUGAUCGAUACACUAGACUGGCUCAAAGGACGUCAAGCUAACGAUGGCCACUUCUGUGGGGAUGAAGUAUUCGACAAGGAGGAGCGUGUUGAAGUGGCCUCUCAUGCGCUGCUGGCAUUCUCCAGUACGGGUAAACAUUCUUGGCAGUACCUAACGGUGAUAAACAAUGUCCGGGACUACUUGCGUUCCUCGGUUAACAUUCUCAACGAUCCUUACCACGUGGCCCUUGUGGCCUACGCCAUGCAGUUUUCCGCGCGCAUCAAAACCGCCAUGGAAAGUGACGCGUACCUUAACCAAACGGUGAACUACGCACUGGAGGCAUUGUGGAUGCAGAAAAAAAUCACUCCAUCUCAGAACUAUGUGUGGUGGGAUUCACCCGCCGGCAAAAGCUUGGAAGCCACCUCGUAUACGUUACUAAUGCUGACCUCGAAGAAACUGUUGCUCGAGUCGGCCCCGCUAGUUACCUGGAUUAAACGACAAUCGUACCGAAGGAUGCCACCAGUAGUGACGCCGGAUUCGCACGUUGCUCUCCGGGCGCUUAUGUCUUACGCCGAACAUACCACCUUCCUACGCCAGCAGUAUACGGCCGUUGUGGUUGCGAAGGACAGAAGUCGUGAGAUUUAUAAUACCACCCUCGAACGGCACAGUGCGAGCCAUGUCUUAACCCUGCCACCCACCACUCGAUCGGUGAGUUUCACGAUCAAUGGAACGAUAACCGGAACGAUGCAGAUCAUCUACAGCUACAUGGAAAAUGUGGCCCAGCAUAGAAGUCGGUUUAACCUCCAGAUUGUGCGAUACGACGAGUCGACGAUGGACUAUGUGUACUGGGGCAUUUGCGUGCGCUUCCAGCCGGUGAGAACACUCGAGCGGACACGCAUGGUAACGUGUGAGUUUUCCUUCCCCAGCGGGUACAUCGUACUGGACGACAGUGUGGACGAACUGCAAGGGCUCGACGAGAUCGUGUCCGUAACAACCAGGAACGAAGAUACCGUGCUAGCCGUCACGUUCGAGGAGAUAACGGUGCAAGGACGAUGCUUCAAUGUGACCGGAUUCCGUCGAAAGCGUUUAGAUAAAGUGUUACCGGGUGAACUCAAAGUGUUCGAUGUAACCGAUCCAUCGGACGCUGCAUUCCAAAGUUUUGAUAUAGCACAUUAAAACGUUUCUGAAGACCUCAUACGAAUUUGCUCAUGUUUGGAGAAACGUUUAAGUCGUUCCAACGUUCAAAGAAAAUGAAAAGAUAGCUUUAUCUAAAGAAAAGGAAUAAAA